AUGUUGUUGAAAGGUCCUGAUUUGCUGACUCCGCAGCUGUAUGUUAUGUUUAAGUUCCGUGAACGGGAAGUGGCAUUCUCUGGCGAUAUCCAAGAAAUGUUCCUGCAGGUCGGAAUCAGAAGAAAGGACCGAAGUGCACUAUUGUUCGUGUUCCGCAACUCGCCAUCUCAACCUAUGACUACUAUGGUAUCUGACGUGGCGAUCUUCGGAGCGACUUGUUCUCCAGCUCAAUCGCAGUAUGUCAAAAAUCUGAAUGCAGCGGAAAACGAGCAAGACCAUCCAAGAGCGGCGGCAGCAAUCAAGAAUAGACACUACGUCGACGAUUACUUGGAUAGCGUCAACACGGAGGAAGAAGCGAUUGAGUUGGCUCUGGAAGUGGCGGAGGUCCAUCGGAAGGCAGGUUUCCACAUUCGUAACUGGGUGUCAAAUAGACCCAAAGUACUAGAGGCUAUAGGAGAAGUUAACCCAGCUACUGUCAAGAACCUCACGAUGAACAACCAGAGUGGAUUUAAGCGACUACUUGGGAUAUCUUGGCUGCCGAGGGAAGAUGUGUUCUGCUUUUCGCUUAGCCUGCAAGGAGAUCUUGAAGAAUUAGUGGAAGGCGUGAUUGCACCAACCAAACGAAUGAUGCUGAGCUUUGUCAUGAAAAUCUACGAUCCGUUGGGGCUGGUAGGUUCGCUGAUUAUUCAAGGGAAGAUCCUCAUACAAGAAGUCUGGAGAGCUAACGUGGAUUGGGAUGAGCAAAUACCGGAGAACAUUUUCAAGGCAUGGAAACUCUGGCUUCAGGCCCUGCAAGAAUUGAACAAUGUGAGAAUUCCUCGUAGCUAUUUCUCGGGGUACGAUGUUAACUGUUAUGAUUCUCUGGAAUUGCACAUAUUCGUCGAUGGCAGUGCACAAGCAUACUCGGCCGUGGCUUACUUCCGUGUUCAGGAUCGUGGACAGAUACGAUGUGCUCUAGUUGCUUCAAAAACUAAAGUUGCUCCACUACAGUUACUAUCAAUCCCGCGCUUGGAAUUGCAGGCGGCGGUUCUCGGGGCGCGUCUUCGAAAAACGAUUGAAGAAGGUCAUUCAAUCCAAGUCAAGCGCACACAUUUUUGGAGUGACUCUAGUACGAUUAUCUCGUGGAUCAGAUCGGACACUCGUCGGUAUCGGCCAUAUGUUGCCUUCCGAGUCAACGAAAUUUUGAACCAUUCAAGGAUUGAGGAAUGGCGAUGGCUGGGAACGAAAAUCAAUGUUGCAGAUGAAGCUACAAAAUGGGGAAAAGGCCCGAACUGUACGCCAGAUAGUAGGUGGAUGCGAGGUCCUGCGUUUCUCUACGAAAAGAAGAGUGAGUGGCCGAGCAGCGGAUUCGAGGUACCGGAAGAAACAACGGAAGAAUUACGAUCGGCAUACAUAUGCAGUAACUUUCUAACAGUUCCGAUCAUUGAGGUGGAAAGAUUUUCCAAAUACGAGCGUCUGUUGCGAAGCGUAGCAUACGUUUACCGCUUCCAAGAGAAAAGUUUGAGACGAGCUGAAAAUACACAGUGCGAAGGUGCAGAAGAGUUAAGCAGUGAAGAAUUGCAGAAAGCAAAACGGAGUCUGUGGCGACUUGCACAAUCGGAGUGCUAUUUGGACGAGGUAGCUACUCUAAAACAUAACAGUCAAUUGAAACGAGAACAGCAGAAGGCGUUGGAUAGAAGCAGUUCUAUAGCGAAGCUACCUCCUCUACUCGACGAGCACGGUGUUCUACGCGUGGAUAGUCGUAUCGCAGCAGCAGACUACGUCCCGUACGAUACCAGAUACCCUAUCAUUCUACCGCGGGGUCAUCGGAUUACCAACCUAUUACUGGAUUGGUAUCACCGUAAAUUUCGUCAUGCUAACAAUGAAACGAUUGUCAAUGAAGUGCGUCAGAGACAUUAUAUUGCAAAACUCAGAACUCAAGUACGCUCUGCAGCAAUUCGGUGCCAGUGGUGCCGCGUGUAUAAAGCGAAACCCGUAGCACCAAAGAUGGGUCAAUUGCCUCGGAUCCGAAUAACGCCGUUCCUACGACCGUUCACGUUUGUAGGAAUCGAUUAUUUCGGCCCCUACUUCGUUAAGGUCGGACGAAGUUCCGUCAAGCGCUGGGUAGCGGUCUUUACGUGCCUUACCGUGCGUGCAUUACAUCUGGAGAUAGUCUUCAGUUUGACAGCUGAUUCAUGCAAGAAAGCCAUUCGACGGUUUAUUGCUAGAAGAGGAGCACCACAAGAAGUGUAUACGGACAACGGCACCAAUUUCGUUGGUGCUAGCAGGGAGCUGGAAAUUGAGUUGCGAGAAAUCAACAUCGCGACGAGCAGCACUUUUACGGACACGAACACCAAAUGGCGUUUCAACCCUCCCUCUACCCCUCACAUGGGUGGUUGUUGGGAACGGAUGGUACGAUCUGUAAAGACUGCGCUGGGAUCAUUGCCAACGUUACGCAAGCUAGACGAUGAAUCCUUCAUGACGCUGUUAGACGAAGCAGAACACAUGAUCAAUUCACGACCGUUAACGUUCGUGCCGCUGAGCAAUGAAGAACAGGAGUCGUUGACUCCGAAUCACUUUUUGAUGCUAAGUUCGAGUGGAGUUCGACAGCCGGUCAAAGCUCCCGUGGAUGAAAGAAAAGCUCUAUUGGACAGUUGGAAGUUACUGCAACAUAUGCUGGAUGCGUUUUGGCGGCGUUGGAUUAUUGAGUACUUACCAAUCAUCUCCCGCAGAACCAAGUGGUUUCAAGACGUGGCACCAGUCAGGGAAGGAGCGAUAGUAGUAAUAGCAGACGAAGGAGUUCGUAACCAGUGGACAAGAGGCCGUGUGAUCCGUACAUAUCCGGGCAAAGAUGGAGUAGCACGUCGAGCCGACGUAGAGACAUCUAGCGGCGUAUUGAGGAGACCGGUUUGCAAACUUGCUGUUUUGGAUGUAGUUCCUGAUGGUGACGCCGAAACGGAUUCCGGGCGUCACGAGGGGGAGAAUGUUGCCACUGGACAGUCCCUCGAAUUGACAUGA